UGUCGCCUCAAAGCCCCGUACUGCUGGUCGGAUGACAACACCCGUCAUGAUGGGUCAUGCUGCAAAGGCUGCGACGAGCGGAUCACCAGUUUGACGAAGCGUGACCAUCAUUUAGCCACCGCCUCAAGCCCACUCACGAUCCGGACCCAUCCGUGGGCGGUGCAAAGAGGACCUCCGACGUCGAGAUGAAAGCCCGACGAGAAAGAAUAUAAAGGAGCCAACCAUUGAGCCCCUCCGUCCCCCGGCAGACCUGCCACCUCACUUCGCCCCAAGAUUUACCUCACCGGCAUCCUCACCAACCUCAGCCUACAGCCUGCCGCCUGCCGCUAUGCUAUUCCUGACGCUAUUCCUGCUUCCGGUGCUGCUUUUUCUGCACACGGUCUACGCCGAUCACUCGACCUGCUCUUGGGUUCGCACGAAAAAGUCGCCCAGCACACUUGGCUACGUAAUGUCGUGUUCAGCCAAGUACGUCUCUGAUGGGCUCGAAAAGGGCCACUAUGAGUGCGACACGAACACAACGAGGCAACCAGCUAAUUGGGGUUUCCUGCGAAGGCACACGCUCGAGAUGUCUACGCCCUGCGGCAAGCACGGCUGGGCUUUCAGCAACUACGACGGGUCCUGCCCCGGCCGCACUUUUGCGAUGUGCAUCAAUUCCAAUGCCGGCACUUGCUUCUACAUGCAAUCUGGUGAUGACUGCGAGUGGCCGGGCGAGUUUACUCCUACCACCAAGCCCGGAGCUCUCGAGUUUUGGGUCAAUGCCUAAAGGCUUGCCUCAAGAAGGCUUCGAAAGUCCGAACCGUGGCAGGUCCGCGGUAGGCUCGAUGACCUCGAUAUGCGCUCGAGCAUACUGAUCGCGACUCGUCGCGAUCCUCAACGCUGUGACUCCUGUUUCGUGAUUGCGACCCAUCCGAAAGAAUGCCACUCUUAUUCUAUCCUUGCCUUGCUGUUGCGACGCCUUUGCUGUGCCGUGAUGGAAGGGCUCGCUAGACCUUCUGCCAAGCGCGUCCGCACUGCAGCGG